GCGGCCCGGCGGCGCACGGAAGUGAACGUGCCCGCGGGAGCGCUGCGGGAGAGAAUUGCUGGGGAUCCCAGCAGACCCUGCCGGACCCCCUGGGACCACUCUGCAGGUACCCAGCCAUUGCCAUGAGGGGGUUUGGAGAAGUCUUGGAUUUUAGAGUGAACCAAGAGAAAAGGUCAAGGGAGAUGAGAAACAUGGGCAUACCUGAAACGCUUGUAGGUGCAGUAGCUGCCUCUGUGGCUGAGAUAGGUCUGGAAUUGUUCAAGGAAUUUGGAAUGAAGAAGAAGAAGGAAUAUGCAUGUGCCCUGGAAUCCAGGUUGACGAUAGACCACCAGCUCUACCGCAGAGUUGAAACUCUGGAAAAAGAUUUCCAAAAAGGUCUGGACAACAUAAACCAUGAGCUUAAGUAUGUCAGAGCAGAGCUGCAGAACAACCAAGGAAAGAACGAGGAGGAUAUUCCAUUGAUCCCAGAAACAUUGUUGAAGAAGAACAAGCAAGAGUUAUCAGAAAAAAUCAAGACUGUGAAAGAUGAUGUAGAGCAAAGUAAGGAGGACAUAAAUCAUAAGCUUCAGAAACUCAGAGAUGAGCUGGAGGAGGAGAACCAAGGAAUGAAGAAGGAGAAAGAGCGUGCAUGGGCCCUGGAAUCCAGGUUGAAGAGGAAAAUGCGGCAGUUUUCCAGAAGAACCGAAACUCUGCAAGAAGAUGUAGAGGAAUGGCCAGAGACCAUAAUGCUUGAGCUUCAGGUUCGCGGAGGAGUGCUGAAGAACAUGAAAGGAAUGAAGAAGGAGGAUAUUGCAUCGGCCCUGGAAACAUUGUUGAAGAAGAAUAAGCAAGAGUUCUCCCAAAAAAUUGAGACUCUGAAAGAAGAUGUAGAGGAUUGUAUGGAGGCCAUAAAUCAUGACCUUCACAUUCUCAGAGAUGAUCUGGAGGAGAAGAAACAAGGAAAGAACGAGGAGGAUAUUCCAUUGAUCCCAGAAACAUUGUUGAAGAAGAACAAGCAAGAGUUAUCAGAAAAAAUUGAGACUCUGAAAGAAGAUGUAGAAGAUUGUAUGGAGGCCAUAAAUCAUGAGCUUCAGAACAUCAGAGAUGAGCUGGAGGAGGAGAACCAAGGAAUGAAGAAGGAGAAGGAGCGUGCAUGGGCCCUGGAAUCCAGGUUGAAGAGGAAAAUGCGGCAGUUUUCCAGAAGAACCGAAACUCUGCAAGAAGAUGUAGAGGAAUGGCCAGAGACCAUAAUGCUUGAGCUUCAGGUUCGCGGAGGAGUGCUGAAGAACAUGAAAGGAAUGAAGAAGGAAGAUAUUGCAUUAGCCCUGGAAAACAUGUUAAAGAAGGGCAAGCGAGAAUUCUCCCAAAAAAUUGAGACUCUGAAAGAAGAUGUAGAGGAUUGUAUGGAGGCCAUAAAUCAUGAGCUUCACAUUCUCAGAGAUGAUCUGGAGGAGAAGAAACAAGGAAAGAUGGAGGGGGAGUGAAUAAGCCCUUGCGGGAACAGAGGACUUCUGGACAGCAAUUCCAUAUGACUAUGCAGAAGCCGAUUUAUUGUUUGCUUUUAAUUGUAUUUAUACAUUCUAAAACUACUUUUCACAUGAUCACACCUAUUUUGAUUGGUGCCUCUAUCUUUUCCACAUGCUGUGCACAAGUGUUACAGGUAAAAUGAUUGGUUGAAAUCCAGAGCAUCAAUGCCCAGCUUUAUCUUGGCUCUUCUAUUUUUUGUAUUCUGUUUUUCAGCUUCUUCUCUUCCAGUUUAGCACAAUUUAUGUUUCAGUAGCCUUGAAGAGUUACAGAAAGUUUGAUUGACUGCAGAAAAGCACCAAAAAAUGGCUCCCUCCAGUGUACCUGUUAUAAACAAUAGUCUAAAGUAAAACUGUCGAAAAACAGCUAAAUAUAGUUUGGCUGGUGCACUUGAUACAGAUUAUGGCCUAGAUGGUUCAGAUACAUUGCUACAAGCCCUGAAAUGCAGCAUGGAAAUGAUAGUCCUGGAGCUUUUUCCCUGAAUUCAAACUAUGGUAGUUUGGAAGGGGCUGACAGCUGUUCUGUGAACCAGAGUUAACUGAUAAGAUUUACUUCUGAAAGCAAUUUUACCAAGGCCAUUGGCAUGGAGAUGGAGAAGAGAAGAAGAAGAAGAUGUGAAAGUUAUUUGAAAACAGUGGUGGAGACUCCUUUGUACCAAUGAGGAUUGUGUUGAUCAAUUGUAGCCAAUGAAUAAAGUGUAAACUUUGUGUAGUGCGUAAAACACAGCAUGCUGUUGUAAUAAACAGAAAGUAUCCUUC